AUGGGAGAUGGUACACUAAGGUACCAAGGGCGUCUAUGUGUUCCAGAUGUAGAUGGUCUCCGGGAGAGAACAAUGACCGAGGCUCACACUUCUAAAUAUUUCGUGCACCCAGGCCCUACAAAGAUGUAUCAUGAUCUUAAGGAAGUUUAUUGGUGGAAUGACAUGAAGAGGAGUGUAGCGGACUUUGUGGCAAAAUGUCCAAACAGUCAGCAAGUGAAGGCCAAACACCAAAGGCACGGAGGGAAUACCGUGCACCCCGCACAAGGUGGACUCAAUUUGGGUAAUCGUGGAUCAACUCACGAAAUCAGCUUCUUGCCAGUCAAAUCUACCUACACAACAAAACAAUAUGCUCAGUUGUAUAUCAAGGAAAUAGUGAGGUUGCAUGGAACCCUAGUUUCCAUCAUUUCUGACCAAGGGGCACAGUUCACGGCAAAUUUUUGGAAGAAAUUUCAGCAAGGUUUGGGUACUCAAGGUAGCUGGGAUGAUCAUUUACCGCUUGUAGAAUUUGCCUACAACAACAGUUAUCAUGGUGGUAUUCAGAUGAUACAGUUCGAGGCUUUAUAUGGUAGGAGAUGUAGAUCUCCCAUUAGGCGGUUCAAUAUUGGGGAAGCCGAAUUGAUAGGACCAGACCUCGUGCAUCAGGCUAUGGAGAAGGUUAAAAUCAUAAAGCAACGAUUUAAAACUGCUCAGAGUCGUCAGAAGUCCUAUUCGGAUAUUCGUCGUAGGGAUUUGGAGUUCAAAGAGGAUGAUUGGAGGAUUGGUCAGGUGGCGUACAAGCUCGAGCUACCACCUGAGAUGUCAUUAGUGCACCCGAUAUUCCAUGUGUCUGUGUUGAAGAAGGUAGUUGGAGAUCCGUCGGCUAUUGUACCAGUUGAGACUAUAGAGGUUAAUGAAGAGCUGUCAUAUGAAGAAAUUCCAGUUUCUAUUCUUGAUAGGCAUGUCCGAAAGCUAAGAAAUAAAGAAAUUGCCUUGGUAAAAAUGUUAUGGAGAAACCAGCAGGUUGAGGAGGCCACUUGGGAGGCCGAGGGAGAAAUGGAGAAGAAGUACCCUCAUUUGCUUGAAUAG